GGGAUGGCUAGACCGGAUUCUUUUCCUGAACCUUACCCCAGUCCUUUGGCAGCUGCUGAGGUAUCUCAGUAUGAUUUGAAAACUAGUGGAGGACAGUCUACCCCCACUUACGAGUCCCACAACCCAGGGAUCAUGACCUGAACCAAAAUCAAGAGUCAGAUGCUCAACAGAAUGAGCCACUCAGGUGCCCCAAGAAUCUGUAAUUUUGAAAUAGUAGUAGGUAGAACUCAAGCAUCUCUAUAGUGAGCCUCCUUCACAAUUUACUAUGCUAUAUUACAUCCCUAUAGGGGAAAAUAGAGCUUGAAUAUAUACAUUAUGGUUAUAUGCUGAAGAAUUUAUGGAUCAAAUGAUAUGAUGUAUGGAAUUUGCUUCAAAAUAUUUUAUGGUUGAAGAAUAGAUAAAACAAAUUGGUCACGGUUUAAUAACUUUUGGCAUUGAGCUGGAUAUGAGGGGAUUCAUUUUAUUUUCCCCACUAGUUUAAUAUGUGUUUGAAAUCUUCAGUAAUUAGAGUUUAUAAUUUUUUGAUAUGUAUCAUGAUGAGUGGCACAAUUUUAACCUUUCCCUCCUGUGUAACACAUUAUAAUUUAACACUUGCUGGGCUUAUCAGUAGUUUGCCUUACCCAACAUCUAUAACGAUAGUCUGUCAGUCACUUGCCUGUCAGUGUCAUAUAAACCAACCAGGAUUUCAGCAUUUGUGGCUCUGGUAUGUGUAAUUUGGAGGUUGAUGGGAGGAGGAGAGUGGAAAGAGAUAGGAGCCCCUUACCUUACCCGAGGAGGUCUACCUGUGGUAAUUAUUAAGCCUUUCUCAAUUUGUAUCGAAAGAGAUUGGACUGAACAUCUCAUUUACUGUUCUUACCUCCAUGGCAGAGAGAGAUGUGUUCUAUCUGUGGGAUAAUUUACAUUUAUUUUGAAAAUAAGAGCUUGGCUCAUGGACUGUGGGCCAUUAUAGUUUAGAGUCUGGGGUAGCAGAGACUACAUCCAAUAUCUGGUAUCACCACUUAGUAAUUGACUUUUACGAGUCACUUAUUUUUAGGAGCUUGAGUUUCUCCAUUUGCCAACUGAAUAUGAUUGAUAAAAAGAAAAGGUGUUUUGAUAUUAACAGAUUUAGAGUUAUUCAAGGAGGAAUUGUUGUAUUUCGUUUUGAAUAUCAAAUGACUGGACACUUUCCAUUUUUACUAUUUGGGAAGACACAUCUGUUAGCAAAGCUGAACAUUAGUUUCUCUUUGCUUCCUGAGUACCUAUGUUAGUAAUUUGUUGGAAUUCUGCUAUGGUCUCUCCUUGAAAGACGCCUUGUUAAAAAUUAAGUGCUGGAGCCACUUAACAUGUGCAAGAUUCUCAGAAACUAUGACAAAAUCAAGAAAGAAUACCCAAAGGAGCAUGCACUCAGAAUUCUCAUGGUUCAGGACAGUUUGUUCUUUCUCUGCAAGGCAGUGCCAGACCUUAGGGCACAAAAUGAUGUUUAGGGUCAAAUGAAUGGUAAAUGAGCUGCAGAAAAGCCUCUGGCUUCUUUCUGUGCCUUUUGAGUCUUGAAAAAUAUAAGAGGGAAUACAAAUGUUACGAAAGAACCAAAAUGUAGAUCAUGGCCUGUCUGAAACUGCUUCUACAGAGCUAAGUGUGACCCCCUGGGGUUCUGACCUCUGGGCUGUGUGAUAAUGACUCCAGCUGUCUGCAUUUACAUGGAAACAUUCAAUAAAAGGGAAGGUAAACUGGCUUGUUCAUAUGUGUUUAUAUAGGCAGUUUACCUAGAGGCAAUCUGUACCUGCAUAGCAAGUAUAUAGAUUGAUUUCUGGAUGAGAAAACACAUUGCUUUAUGAGCCAUUAUAAUAUUGAGCACUGAUUGUAUUUGUGCUCAUGAUAAUAAACUGUGCCAUGUGAUUUUUCCCCCUCAUCCCUUCCCGCUCUGUCCCUGAAAGCCUUCAUGCAUCCCAUAUGACUCUUAAAAUGUUUAUCAUGACAGCAGUGUAAAAUUUGGAUUUUGUCCUUUUAAGAUAUUAACUGUUCUUCUGUCCCUUUGCUUUUGCUAGCAUCUUUUUUUUUUUUUAAUUUUUUAAUGUUUAUUUAUUUUUGAGAGAGACAGAGUGUGAGCAGGCGAGGGGCAAAGAGAGAGGGAGACACAGAAUCAAAGCAGGCUCCAGGCUCUGAGCUGUCAGCACAGAGCCCGAUGCGGGGCUUGAACCCACCAACUGUGAAAUCAUGACCUGAGCCGAAGUCAGACACUUAACCGACUGAGCCACCCAGGCACCACCCCCCCCCCCCUUUGCUAGCAUCUUAACAUAGUGAUUAAUUUGAUGUUUGCUUUUCAUUUAUCCUUUCAAUACAGAACUAUCCUUUAUCUAAAAGGAUAAAACUGUCUCUUGAAAUAAUGGUGAUCAUUUGUCUCUACUUGUUUGAAAUAUCGUUAUCUCUGGAAGAGUAGAAAUGACUACCACUUUUAAUAGAGGCAGAUCAUUGAUUUUUGAUGCAACAUCACAGAAACAAUCACUUGAGGGCUAGACAGCUCUUUUACUUAUAUUCAGACCAUAUGGUUUUAUUAGUUUAUGUGGACCAUUCUCAGCAUUUCAUCAUUUGAUUUGCUUUCCUACUAGAUUCCAAGCUGUUUAAGAACUCAAGUAUUUUGCUCUAUUUUUCCAGCUUAGAAUUUGACCUGGUACCAAGUUAGUUUUGAUGACAUUUUGCUUCCUUAUUUAUGCCAUGAGAAGAGAUCGUUCUGUUUUAUGCAUUGCUAUGGUUAAAGAUUUAUAUAGACAUUGUCAUCCCAGUACACGUUUGCUGUCCUAAACUAAAAUCCUUGGUGUCAGUUCUGUUUAUAAGAGGAUUAGAGCAAGGAGUCUCCAUGCCCUAUAGUCAGGAAGGUUUAAGUUUUGUUUAAUAUUAUUUAAGCAAUUACAUAUUAAAAGACAACACACACACCAGCAUGUGCAGGUGUGUAAGCCUCAAUGGUAAAAGUCACUGAAAUAGUCUUUGCAAGCUCUGUGGUGUUGUUUCUCUCCCCAAGCCUUUUCCCUGAUUUUUUUUCUUGUAUGUUGUUCUUUAGAAACAAUAUUUCUGGAAGGUUUGUAGUUGGGGUGGAAACUGGAUGGUGGCUCUGGCCUCUUUGUGGCAAGUAGAGGCCAUGCUCCAGAAGGAGGAGGGAGGAGCAGUGUCCUCAAAGAGUCCUGCAAGAAUGGGAAGGGAAAGCAGGCUGAACAGCUACAGCCCUUGUGAAGUUGGUCUGUCACUAGCCUGUUUAAGGUUGCAGAUGACGGCCACCAGGAUGUCUAUAAAGGGAAGGGAAAGAAGGCCCACAGGGCUGGUCUGCUCCCUGUCGUGCCAGCUGCUGCCGUGUUUCGUGACUCAGAGUUUGUCAGUUCAGCUUUUGUAUGUAUGGGGACUGAAAGAAGGUAGAUGAAGAGGAAACAGAACAGAUAAUAAUAAGGUAAUGUAUCAUCCCUUAAAAGCGCAUUUUUAUGACAGAAGUUGUUUAGAAUAUUACUAUAUCACAUUUUAGAUUUUGCCCGAUCUCUCCUCAGAAAAUGAAGCUGAGAAUCCUGGCAUAGGCCUUGGAGCCCUCAAGGGGCUGACUUUCAGGCUCUCCUGGAACUGUGCUUUCUGGCUGUGCCCACAAACAGGCUUUUGGUGUGACCAUACCUGCAGAGAUGCAAUGCAAGUCACUGCUAAGUGGUGUGCAUGGUCCUUUCCACCACAAGUAUUCUGAAAUUGAGGGACUGUUUAGGAAGCAGGCUGCUGCUUAGUUAUUACACACCAGGACUGUCAUGACAGGAAGGGAAACAGGAAUUGCUGUGACCAAGGAAACUUGUAUAGCACUGACAUGAAGUAGCACAGAAUACCCCACAACCAAGUGUUCUGGUACAUAGUAAGUGCCCAGGAAGCUUGCAGUUCUUAUCAUCAGCCUCCUUACAGUCUUGAAGAUGUUUAGUAAGUGAGAGCUUACUAAAGGUUAAUAAAGGCUCCUUUAUUCUCCUCUUUUGUUUCUUGAAGACUGAAACAGAAGUGUGUCCCUUGUUUGCCUCCUUCCUGGGUUAAUACCUAGCAUGAAAAUAUAAGAACCCAGGUUGACUGGUCCCCAGACAUGCCCCUGGUACAAGAGAGUGAUCACAGGAAGGAAUUUCUGCUCUGUACUAGGUUGGGGGGGAGGAGGGGAGUGCCAUAUACUCUUGCCCUGAGUUGAACCUUGAGUCCAUUUGUGGCCUCUGGCUUGGAGACACAAAGAGUGAGGUCGACUGUCUUGAAUUCUUAUCUAGCUGGCCAUUUUAUUAUGCUGGACUUUUAUUUUAUAAUCCACUCCUCCCUUCCCUUUCUAGUUUCAAACACAAAUCCAGUUGUUUUAAGUGAGACAGAUGCCUCAUAUUGGAUAAAGGACCCGAUGAGGUCUAAGAACAAUCAAUUAAAGAGUCCUGAUUUUGGCCUCUCAUAUCAGCUGUGGUUCAGUCUGGAUCCAGUCAGGAGAGAAAAAGCCACACAGUAUACUAAAACCUUGGAUUGCAAGUAACUUGUUCUGCAAGUGUUCUGCAAGAGCAAACAUUUCUAAUAAAUUUUAACUUGAUAAAUGAGUGAUGUCUUGCAAUACGAGUAAGUACAUGAUGCCAAACAUCACAUGAUCACAACUGUACCAGUGGUUCUUGAAAAUUGCUUUGAUAUACAAGUGCUUUGGAUUACAAGCAUGUUUCUGGAACGAAUUAUGCUCACAAACCAAGGUUUUACUGUAAUUUGAAGGAGGAAGGUUUCACAAAAAGAUAAAAAGAAUUAUUAACUCCAGUAAAGGUUUGCAGUAGUAAGAGGUUGACUAGUAAGAAGCAGAGAGAAGGCUAAGAGUGUGGGAAUAGCACCUCUAAGCAGCGAAGAGCCCUCUUCCCCACCCAGGACUCACCGUGGAUGGGAAUAGCAGAGCAGUUGCUACAGUGCUGCCGCAGUGAAACAUAUGUUGCUAGAAACCUGAACUUGUAGGAGACUCUCCCUGCAGGGUGCCACAAGGCUCUCUACUACAGAAGUGCUAAGAAUGGGAGCGGUGGUCAGUGUGGUGGUUGGAGAGGCAGGGCUGGGUGGUCAGUGUGCUGUGGGCUGCCACACGCUGCAGGAGCCAGAGCCCCCCCCCUGCUGCAGAACCACCAGGCAUUGCCACCAGGAAAGCUGCUUGCCAUUCACUGCUUCUGCCUGCCAUGCACAUGUGAACUGGGCACUGAAGAAACUGUAUGUGCUGCCAGAGGCUGGACCUGAGAAAGCCCUGCCCCCACGCGCACUUGCCUACUGAGCUUGCCAGGAGCAGCAUGCAAAACCCUUUCCUCCAGUCAGUGUCUCCAGCGCCCUCUGCUGAAAGGCCUCCGGGCCAGCAGGCUGCGGAGAAAGCACUUUCCCAUCAUCAGCACACCAAAGAUACUCCAGUAAUCUUCCAUCAGGAAAUGAGGAAUCUGUCUGCAGUCAUAAUGAUCAUACCUUUAUGUUAUUACUGCUGGAUUCAUAGAGUAUGUCUCCUUGAGAAGAGGUAAAGGAACUGAACAUGCAAGCUUCCUACCUAACCUUGUAAACUGCUUUAAAAAACCCAGACUUCAUUCUGUGACAGAAUAGUAAGCUCCAUGGGGAAAGAGAAGAGCUGAGGACAGGAGGCAGAAAAAGAGGAGGAACAUGCCAAAGACACGUGGGAGAAACUGAAGGUCAACCCGUGUACUAGGUAGCCUUACAAUGACACCACCAGGUGCUCAGGCCUCCUGAUCAUUUCCACAUCUUUUGAUUCUACAUAUGGGAAACUGUAAGUCAUGGUAGCUAAAGCAGUUCCUUGUCUUUCUAUAUGAACUUCACAGAAUUUGAAGUUAAAAGAGAAGAAUUACCUUUUUAAAGUUAGCCAAAUAAUUUUCAGUUCUUCUGUUUAAUUCUGUCCAAUAUUUUCAAAUGUUGUUUAAUGUAACAAAAUAUACGUGAAAACAUGUUCUGUGUUAAAAAUAAAUAAAACAACUGAAAAUGAAAGAUGUAGAUUUAAGUUUGAAAGGGUUGUUUUACCUUGAGUACAGUGUGGGUUUUUUUCUGUCCUUUCUUACUGAAAUUCUCAUGGUUUUCUUUUACCUUAUCACUCGUGUGAAGCUUAUUCACAGAGUAAAAACUCCCAUUGACUUCCUGUCCCGUCUUAACUGAAGGUCAGUUCAGUGAGACAUCCCAGCUGAGUCAGAACUAAAAUAAGAAUGUAAUUUAGAGCCAGAAAGUUGGGUGCUGAUGGCCACUCCAGCCAUAUAAGGUGCCCAUGGAUUCACUUGAGGGAUUUCCCUGGUAAGCUGGACAUUCUUUUAGUCAACACUCUUAGCUAAAAAUACUGUUCUAUAUUUGAAAUAAAAGGCUUUCUCAAAUUCAUCUAUUUUGGUCAGGACACAGUAUAUCAUUUUAAAAAGAUGUUUGGGGUGAGAAUAUGUGUUAGUGGGUCACCAUACGAGUAACAGGGAGAAAUGAUUUGGAUAAUGGAGGAGCUGCUACAGAGACAUUUUCCAGUGAGGAUGUUUAAAAAAUCAGAGAAAAAUUGCCUAACCUAUGAAAGAGGAUUUUAAGAAAGUUUUUUCAAUUGACCGAACACUCUGCUUACUGAGCAACCAUGGGGAUCUAGCAAGAGAAAGUUUGUUAGAAAGCUUAUAGGUUUCAGACCGCAGUGAUGAUAUCUUGUUAAGAAAGUUCUCUUUACUGACAAGAAAAUGUCAUGCUGAAGUACAUACUGAUGCUACACCGAGUUGUCUUGGGUUUCUGGGGAUGGUGGUGGCUUAUCAGCACCUCUGUAGUUCUGUUGUAUAGCAACUUUUCACAAAAGGGCCACUUUGAUUAUUGCCUACUAAGAGGGUGCUUGAUAUGAAGACUCCAUGGAAAUUUUCACACUAAAGGGCUCAUGGUGUUCUUGAGAGAAGAACCAUCUUUGCAGUGUAGAACACAAUGUGGAAUCGACUGAAAUCUUACCCACUUGAGCACUGUACAUGCUAAACAAUUUAGUACGGGCUAGAAUGCUCACAGGAGGCUUCUUAGAGAAGACCUUGAAUAGAAAUUUGAGGACUGGGCAAGUUUUGGAUAAGCAGAAAGCAGGGGAAAAGGGGGCAGUAGUAUUCAUCCAAAGAACUUUAUGUCCUUUUAGGUUUGUGUCUUUUUAUGUCCAGUACUAGGUAUGUUUGAUAUUAUUAAAGAUAAUUCUGAACAAUCACCAUGCAACAGUCUUGCCCUUAUUUACAAUCAUGUGUAUAUAUGUAUUUUACAAGGAAUAGAGAUCAACAUAUUGCAGUGCUUAUCUCUAGAUGGCAGGUCUCCUAGAUGAGUGGGUCUUCUGUGCCUUUUUAUAAAUGUUCUGUAACAAGCUAUGUUGCUUAGGGUCUGAUGGGGGUGGAGAGAUUCAACUUGCCAAACAAAACAGUGCAACCCAGUGAUCCUGUCUCAGAGUGCUCACACUUCCAUACACAUGGGGCUUCCGGAAGCUGAGGUUGCCCGUUCAUGUCCUUUGUUAGUUUUCGGUUAUUACUGAUUUUGCCUUGUUGCCACAUCUUCUGCCACUUUCCCGAUCUAGUUUUGAAUUUUUUUAGUGUUCGUUUAUUUUUUGAGAGAGAGACAGAGUGUGAGCAGGAGAGCGGAGUGUGAGCAGCAGAAAGAAAGGGAGACAGAAUUCGAAAGAAACAGGGAGACAGAAGCAGGCUCCAGGCUCUGAGCUGUCGGCACAGAGCCUGAUGUGGGGCUCGAACUCACAAAGUAGGAGAUCAUGACCUGAGCCGAAGUCGGACACUCAGGUGACUAAGCCACUCUGGUGUUCCCCCUCCCAGAUCUGGUUUUGUAUCUUUCCUUCUCUAGUGGAUUGCUCUGUGGGAUGGGAGUGUCAUCAUUACUGCAAAGACAGGGUGGCUGGAUGCAGGCAGCAAGUCAGCACUGUUACAUCUGUACCCAAGAGAGAAGGGUGUCACGAACUGUCUUCAACUCUGUUGGUUUUUCUCUGCACGUGGUCCAGAAUGUCUCUUAAUAAAGUAGACCUGUCAGCAUCAGAGUGUAAGGGUUAAAUUGUAGUGUAGGGCUAACAGCUUUGUGUUGACACUGUAGCUUGAAAAAUAACAGCUUUGUUCUGACCCUGAAGGUCAAGAGAUAACAGCCUUGCUUUACUCUUGUAAAUUAGCUUGGUACUCUGGAAAAUCCACUCUUGUAAAUCAGGCUUCACCAACAAAGGAAACAAAAGUUCACAGAAAAGAGCAUCAGGGGCAAGGUCAAGGAGAUCCACUGGUUGCAACUUAGGGGCAGAAAGUCUAAAAUAAUCACCUCAUCCGGCAACCGUUUCUGACUCAUCUGGGAACUGUUUCCAACUCAUCUGGGAACUGUUUCUCUGUUCUGUUCCCAGGUAAUGAUAAAACUAUGUGAUCGGCUUUAAAAACUCUGUACCCCGGCUGUUCGGGCCGCACUCUGAUCAAGAGUGUUGGUCCUGAUUGGUUGGCCUUGCCUCUCAUUGCAAUAAACUUUGUUGUGACUGUCACUGGUGCCUGUAGCAUUCUGUUUCAGGAGUCGUGUGGAUGCAACAAGAGUGUCAUGGAGAAAGGGGAGAACACUGUGAGUUCUCAUUCCUGCAUCUUCCCCAGGCUCCCUGUGUCCUCUACAUGCUGAAGUUUGUGGAUGGGUUGGUUGGAUAACGGAAAACUUCUAGAGAUUGUCCAGAGAGAAGUACUUCCCAAGAAGUAGUCCGCUAAGUAGGUUGUUAAUACUUAUUAAAUUUGUUAAGAUUGAGAAACUGAACUAUAAUUUGCGACAAUUUGUGCCUGUUGCAGGCAGAGUAUUUCUGAGCUGCAGAGCACCUUUGGGACCUGUCUUGUGCCACAGAAUCCUCAGGGUAUGGAGGAGAGCCUGAGGCAGCUGUCUGCCUGAUGGCUCCUGAGUAGUUGACUCCUCUGUUGUGGGCUUCAAGAGUAAAACCAGGGCCCUUCCAGACACCAGAGAAAGAAUUUUUACCUCACCCACUUUCACUGGAAACAGUGUAUUUUUUGAUUUUAGGACUGAAAGUGUGCCUGCUAGUGUGCUUCUUGGAAAUUUUCAACCAGAGACUGUUUCACUCAUUUUCCUUUAGAGGGAUAUAAAUACACUUCUUCAAAUAUCACAACAUUUGGGGUGCUCUAAAUCUUCUGUCUUCAACAGCACAGAGCUCUAACUUUUAGGUGAAUUUCAUUUCACACGGUGUUACAAUCAUAUGCAAAUAGCUUUGUCUUCUGGAGUCCCAGCCUCAGGAUCUCUGCUGGACUGCUCUGAGUACUUGGGAUGAGCAGGAGGUCCUUUAAGUCUGUUCUUUCCUCCUGGUAGGUGAUAACAGUGUUCACUUAGUCUCUUCAGGUCUUUCUAAAGUACAGUAACAAAGCCAAAGAUGUUCUUCUCUGCUUUGAUUGUAAUCAGUAAUCAGCACCUGUGCGGGCAGAUAACAACACCUUUCUUCUUUGAAGUUAAUUGAAAACACAUCUUAUUUCUUUCUCACUCUCUUGCCCCUGUUGUAAUAAAUGCUCUCUUUUUGCUUGUACAAUUCAGAAUUAGGAAACAAUUUUAACAGACAAGAAAAAUGCUAUGUUAAUUGCAACUCCCGUAUCCUUUCUGGCCAGCCGACCUUUGUCUCUUUCCUCAUUGACUGUUGAAAGAAAACACAGUGCAUUUGUCCUGGUCUCUGGGAAAUGAGAAAGAACUUUCCAGCUCCAUUAUCUUCACUUGCAUGUCACGAUUGUUGUGUUUUUAAUAGUAGGGGGAAAAUCAGAUUAAAUUUUCCAUUUAAGUAGAAUAGAGAAUCACAGUGAAAAUAAUUCAUUUCGUCAUAUGGUAACUUAACCAGGCUGUCUCAACAAUUUGAAUACCCCAGUAUUCAUGGAAGCCUUUUUUGUUUUGUUUUGCUUUUGUUUUUAACGUUUAUUCACUUUUGAGAGAUGGAGAGACAGAGAGAGAGACUGAGAGUGCUAGCGAACAUGAGUCCAGGAGGGGCAAAGAGAGAGGGAAACACAGAAUCCGAAGCAGGCUCCAGGCUGUGAGCUGUCAGCACAGAGCCCGACUUGGGACUGAAACUCACGAACCGCGAGAUCAUGACCUGAGCUUAAGUCAGACACUUAACUGACUGAGCCACCCAUGCACCCCAACAUGGAAGUCUUUGAUUAAAGUUGAAGAAGCUACAUUCUAGGAGUUGUUAUUGCCAAGUGCUUGGUUAGCCAUCCACAUCUUCACAUCUGUCUAUGGAAUGGCGUAAAACAUGUAAAUAGCACUGCCUUUUUUUUUCUGUAUUCAAGUCCUGUGUUUUAGAAGCAAUUGGUCAAAAUGUUCAGCUUCAAUUUUAAAAACCACAUAGAUGAGCUACGUAUCUGGUAGUGAUACACAUAGUUCAAUUGUUGCUAUCUGAGAGAAUUUUAAUUUUAAAAUGCCAGUUAUUAAAAAGUUGGUGUUUAAUUCUGGCAACCAUGCUCAUGAUUGUAUCUAGGACUUAAGUAUUUGAGCUCCUGAUUAUAGCUACAAUAUUUUUGUGUGAUGUCCCUCAGUCAGUUAUUUAUCUCGGGCUAGGCAGUAUGUCAGGGGUGGAGUGUGGGCUGAAAUCAUGGAGCUCACUGGACUGGUAGGGUCUGAAGAACUGCAGCACUCUUUACUGAACACUGGAGUGGUCAGCUUAACAUAAGAUAUAUUGUGUGUAGUUUAGCAUCUAACAGACUGUUACAUGCACUCCACCAGGGUCCUAGAUCCUGCCUGCUGUGGUCUGAAUAUUCAUGUCCCCUCAAAAUUCAUAUGCCAAAAUCCUAACCCCCAAAGGUGAUGGUAUUGGUGGGUGGGGCUUUUAGGAGGUGCUUCGGUCAUGAGGGUGGAGUCUUCAUGAAUGGGAUUAGUGCCCUUAAAAAAGAGGUCUCACAGAGCUCCCCAGCCCUAGCCACCAUGUAAGAACACCAGUGAGAGGAUAUGAAUGAGGAAGAGGGGAGGAGGGCUCUUACCAGAACCUGAACAUGCUGGCACCUUGACCUUGUACUUUGAGCCUCUAACACUGUCAGAAAUAAAUUUCUGCUGUUUAUAAGCCACCCAGUCUGUGGUAUUUUGUUAUAGCAGCCCAGAUGGACAAAAACACAGCACAGUAGAUCGCUCACAGUAGAUGAUCAAAAAAUGUUGAGUGUAGGAAAUAUGAGUCUGUCUACUCCGGAUGGAUUUAAGGGAUGUUUAGGGUUCAGACAUGUCCUGUAGGGUCUCCCAUAGACCGUAGUCAUAGUCCAUAGACCAUAGUCAGGUUAUAGAACCUUUUGGAAAGAACCCUUAAGGAAUCAUGGGCCUCAGGAAACCCUAGUUCUUCAGCAGAAGCCACCUGACAGGCCCACUAUUCAGACAAAACUGGCUUUUGGGUAUUUUUUUUUUUUUUUAAACAGCCUCCUGCCCUGUUUCAAAGACUAUUUUGAUGCCACUGAGGUGGCAGUAGUACGUUCCAUCAAAAGCAUUCAGGUAAAUAUUUUUCUCAUUGUUACACAAUCUAAAAAUUGUUUGCAUUUCUUAGAGAGACAUUAUUAAGUGCCAAAAAUGGUUUAAAAGUAACAAAAUGCCUGGAUAUAAAACUUAAGCAGUGGUGUUUAUUUGGCCUGAAAUGACCUCCAUGUCCUCUUGGAAAAAUAACCAUGCAUUUCUCUUAGCUGUGUUCUAUUCUGUUAUUAGCUUAUAGCUGGAAAAGAAGUGAUUGACCAGCUGAUUCCCCUUUGCAGUCCUUUUGGGUGAAUAGUACCACCUGACCUUGCAGUGGCCUCAUAGUUACUGAUCCUUACUCAGAUACAAGGGUGCACAGACAGCCCUUUUCACUCAGCAUCUCCUUAUAUGCUUGAAUAAUGGAGAAUCCAUGGAUAUCCAUAUAUCGUUUGCCUAAGGACAUUGUAUACUCAUAGAAACAGGCUGUGACUUGUAUUCACUUGCUUAUUCAUUUGGCAGGCACUUCUCAGAUACCCCUUAGGCCUGUUGCAUUGUGAGCACAUAGGAAAAGUUCCAUAUGUUCAGACAUGAUGUCUGAACCUUCACUGGGUGAAUGGUUAAACAAACUAUGGUAUGUCCAUACCAUGGACAGCAAUAAAAAGUUACACACUGUUGAUAUAUAUUAACAACUUGGAUCGAUAUUAUGCUGAGUACAAAAAGCCAGCCUUUAAAAGGUUACAUACUAUUAUGAUUCCAUGUAGCUGUCUUAGUUUGGUUGGCUAUGACAAAAAUAUCAUAGACUGUAUGGCUUAAACAACAAAUAUUUAUUUCCCAAGGGUCUGGAGGCUGCGAAGUUCAAGAUCAAGGUACCAACAGAUCCAGUGUCUGCAACAUGGCCAAUGCCCUGGCCAAUGCCACCUGUGAGCGCUGCAAGGGGGGCUUUGCGCCCGCCGAGAAGAUAGUAAACAGUAACGGGGAGCUGUACCACGAGCAGUGCUUCGUGUGUGCCCAGUGUUUCCAGCAGUUCCCAGAGGGACUCUUUUAUGAGUUUGAAGGAAGGAAGUACUGUGAACAUGACUUUCAGAUGCUCUUUGCUCCUUGCUGUCAUCAGUGUGGUGAAUUCAUCAUUGGCCGAGUUAUCAAAGCCAUGAAUAACAGCUGGCAUCCUGAGUGCUUCCGCUGUGACCUCUGCCAGGAAGUUCUGGCAGAUAUUGGAUUUGUCAAGAAUGCUGGGAGACAUCUAUGUCGCCCCUGUCAUAAUCGUGAGAAAGCCAGAGGCCUUGGAAAAUACAUCUGCCAGAAAUGCCACGCCAUCAUCGAUGAGCAACCGCUGAUAUUCAAGAAUGACCCUUACCAUCCAGACCAUUUCAACUGUGCCAACUGCGGGAAGGAGCUGACUGCUGAUGCCCGGGAGCUGAAAGGAGAGCUGUACUGUCUGCCGUGCCAUGAUAAAAUGGGGGUCCCCAUCUGUGGCGCUUGUCGACGGCCCAUUGAAGGGCGCGUGGUGAAUGCUAUGGGCAAGCAGUGGCAUGUGGAGCAUUUUGUUUGCGCCAAGUGUGAAAAGCCAUUUCUUGGACAUCGACAUUAUGAAAGGAAAGGCCUGGCAUAUUGUGAAACCCACUAUAACCAGCUAUUUGGUGAUGUUUGUUUCCACUGUAACCGUGUUAUAGAAGGUGAUGUGGUCUCUGCUCUGAAUAAGGCCUGGUGUGUGAACUGUUUUGCCUGUUCUACCUGCAACACUAAAUUAACACUCAAGAAUAAAUUUGUGGAGUUUGACAUGAAGCCAGUCUGUAAGAAGUGCUAUGAGAAAUUUCCGUUGGAGCUGAAGAAAAGACUUAAGAAACUAGCUGAGACCUUAGGAAGGAAAUAACUUCCUUUCUUUUGUUUUUUCUCUUCUGUGCAAAGAAAAGAGAUUACCAACAUUACUUGACUUAGUCCACCCUGUUUAAAGCUGUAUCUCAAAAUAAUUGAGAGUGAAGAGGGCCUAUAUGAAUGGUUUUCUUUAUCUCCUUUUUCUCAUUAAAAAGGAAAAAAAGCUUGUGUAAUCAUAUUUAAAACACGGAUGAGAUCAUGAUGCUUUUGUUAAAUACCCUAUCAGUUUGUUGAAAUGUAGACUAUACUUAACAGCAAAAACACAUGGUUAAAUGUUACAUGUUAAUCAAGGUCCAAAAAAAUUAAUUUAACUUUUAAAAAUGAAAAUAGGGAGUCAGCUUUCACAUGACUCAGAUACAAUAGAAACAUUAUUUUACUUUGUAUUUGAAAGAAAAUAAAUUCCAACAGCUGUUGGGAAGGAUAUAAGGAAGAAAAAUAACCAACCAAGAAAAACAAAUCUUGUAGAAUGUUAGUAUGUUUAUCAAACUAGUAGUUAUAAAAUGAAUAUACACAUUACUAAGACAAGAAACAAGUGCAUUCAAAACUACUUGAUUUCAUUUUUUGUUAAUUUCAAUAAUUACUAUGCUUAGUUUUAUAUUUUGUUCUUGUGAAAUUCUUCCUUCAUACAGUUACUUAACAUAGUAGUUAUAGCUAGCUAAUAGUAUGCCUUUUUAAAUUUUUUGCAAAAAAAAUUUAUACUAGACAUUUGAAAAUUCAGUACACUUUACACUAUUGGAAAAAAUGAAGUAUUUUUUAAUGGAUUACAGCAAUUAUGCUUCUAAGCUUAAGGUAAAAGAUGUAGUCUUAGAAUAGGACACAAAAUUAAAUUUUAUGUAGCUUAGAAUGUAUCACUUAAAAACAAGUGAAUUUAUAUGUAUUGGUCUUCUUGCCUUUAUAACCAUGCUGACUAAUAUCUGUGCUUCAUACAUAAUCAAACUUGCCUUGCCUUAGAAACAUACUUAAUUCAGGAAUCCUAGCUGUUUCAUGCAAUACCAAAAAUAAGUGCAUUGAUUGAGAUUUGUAAACCCAAAUUCAUUUGCCACCACUAAGAUGAGAUUUUUUUUUCCUCUCCUUUUUUUGGGAAACACAUUGAAAUUAAUUUUUGUCAUCUUAUUAAAAGAAUGAUAUUGAUAUGUGUUUCAAGUUUUUCAUUUCAAAUCUCAUAAUUGGAUUUUAUUUAAGUAGGAGGUAAAAAUGACAUUUUUAAAUUGGAAGGGGAUGUUUAAAUGUCAAUUUUAGAUCAAAAGUAGUGAAUCAUUCUACUUUAUAAAAUGUUUUUUAAAAGUUUAUGCUGAAGUUUCUAGACCAUUCUUUCUUGGCAAACUUGUUUGCAAUGCAAAUUUUGUGAGCAAUUGUUAAAUGUUGCUGCUGCUAUUUUUCAUUUAAAAGUAAGUUCCCAAGACAGACUUCUAAGGAGGAAAGUAUUCGUUUUUUAAAAAAUUGCUGAAAUACUGUUUUGCCAUUAAAAAAAAAAAAAAAACCACCUCAGGAUGCUACUCACUCUGCCAUUAAAGUAUUUGUAUGCAUGUAUUUUUUAAAAGUUUGUGCAUGCACUUUACAAGAGUAAAUUCUAUCUUGGUUUUCAGAUAACUUAUAACCAAUAUUUUUUAGUGUUCUUUCAGAGUUCAAAGAAUUAUCAGUGAUUGAAAAUAAACAAUAUAUAGUUUAAGACUGUAUGUACUCAGAAGUUUAAAACAGUCUUUGCAUUGGACAGUAAGAAUCAAAAUCCCUCUGUGUGCCUUCGUCAGCUAAUAUGUAACCAGCAAGGAAAACCUUGAAAGUAUUUAUUAAAUACUAUACUAUGGAUAUAGGCCAAAUAGUACAGGCUUUGGCAGUUUGGGGUCUUGAUGCUAAAUUCUCAAAUACCCCUACGGCAGAAAUAAGGAACAGAAGAGCAACCAUUUACCCAUAGUCUUAAUCAUUUUGAAGAUGCAUGAACUCAGCUCAGCUUGUUUACAUAUCUUACACAGCCAGGCCUCUCCUGUAGCCAGAUGUCCCACUACUGUCUUUGCUCACUCUUUUAAAAUAAGAAUUGGUAUUUCCUGGAAGUUCUAAUACUCUAGGGUAUUUUGUCUAGAUGCAAUACUUCCUUCCUUGAUAAAGGACAUCAUUGGAGCCCUUACCUGUGGGAAAGGAAGAGGAAGUCGAAAAGUUGCAAGUGGAAUAGAAGACUUGAUUGAGUUCAUAAUACUUUUCAUGGGGUUUUCCCUGGCUGUGGAAAAACUCAGGCUAGUAAGCAUUUCUCUGUUUAAAGUCCUACAAGGCAAUUUGAAAUAAUUCAUUGUUCUUACCCAAUUUCUAAGUGCUCUUUUUCAUACCAAGCCUAACAUAAUUGGGGGAAAUGUCUGGGUACAAGUAAAACAUUCUUUGGAUCAUGUUCAAAGCCUUAUUAAUAUUGUACCUAAAAUGAUAGGUCAUUUUGCCUCACUUGCCAAAAUAGCCAUUUCUAAGUUAAGGAAAUUUUGAGGUAGGCUUACAGCAUUGUUGUAUUUCAUUUUAGAAUGUAAGCUCGAUGGCAGGGACACUAUAUUGUUAAUUAUGUUUUUGUAUAGCAACCAUUGCAGUAUACUCUUGGUGCUUAAUAAAUGUUCAUAAUUAUUAAGAGUAA